GUGAGGCCUUUCAGGCCCGAACACAUCCAAUCCGGCUCGGACUCCUCCGCUCCCAGCGGCCUGUACAAAUAGCCCAAGAUGCCUCCCUCUCCUCUCCUAUCCUAGGGUUCCAAAAAUCCGCACUCGAAAGGAGAGACAAAUAAAAUCUCCCGGCGAAAUCCCUGAAAAUUUUGGCGAUGGCGACGGCCGAUGAUGCUAAGGUGACCCGUCGUAAGGUGAGGAUGGUCAAGGCCGUAGUGUACGAGGUGGAGGCGGCGGCGACGGCCGGCGAGGGCGACACCCCGGUGGCGGAAGGGAAGGUCCGGCUCUCGCAGGAGAGCGUCGACGCGAUCCUCGCCGAGGAGACGAAGCCGUAUCCCAACAUGGAGUACUUCCGGAGCUUGAAGGACAACCCCGCCGUGCCGCCGGAGCUGUACGAGAAGACGAUGCGUGCCGUCCGCUUCGCCGCCAGGUCGCACGACAAGGUUCAGCAAGGCAUCCUCCGGCGCCAGGCAUGGAUCCGCAGCGAGCUUGAGGAGAAGGGCUUUGUUGAUGUCGACCAAGACAAGGCUGCGACCUUCACUGCUGUACACUGGAAAGAGGAGCUCAUGACGGACGAUGAGGAGGAUGAUGACGACGAUGAUGAAGACGAGUCCGAAGAGGACGAUGAAUUCGACGAAAAAGAAGACGAUAGUGACAAUGAAGACGAUGAGGAGAGUUCUGAUGAUGAGGAGGAGACUUCUGAAGAUGAUGAGGAGACUUCUGAAGAUGAAGGGCAUUCUGAUGAUGAUGAGGCUACCGUUUAACUGUAUUAACUAGCUAUAUAAUCGAUCAACUCAGAUGUAUCAUCUGGUUAUAUAUUAGUCUCUUGAUCUAUCAAAUUAUAUUCUUCUUCUACAAUCUUACUAUUAAGUAUCUCUUGAUCGAUCAAAUUAAACCACCUGGGGUUGUCUUCUCUGCAUCAAGCUCUAUCCAUGGUGAGAUUUUACUAUUGCUUCAGGCCUUUCUUUCUUCUCCUGUCCAUUAAUACUGUUUCAAUUAGGAUUUAAUAUGGUUCAACCAUCUUCCUGUUCUGUAUGCUAAUUGCUAAGCAUUGUAUUAAAUGUCUGGCUUAGA